ACGUUACCGCUCUCAACCGCUCUGCUUUUUUAUACACGUUUAACUUAUUUAAACAACGUUCUCGCCGAUUAUUCUGAGAUUUUCCGCGCGGGGGAGAGGAUACACGUGACUCUCGUUCAUCUCGGGGCUUUUUGGUAGCGGGUAGAGCGGUAUUUCGGGUUUUAUUGGCCGUUUUAACCGUUUUCCGCGGGUUCCCCCUUGCCGCGCGCGCUGUGUGUGAGCCGGGCCUUUAGUGUAGCUUUAGCCACGAGGCACGUCGCUACCGUUGGACCAGGGCGAUGGCGGAGUUUGGGAACGGACUAGCUGACGAAUCUUUGCUGGAUUCUGACCCCGGACAUCCCGAACUAGAAGACCCGGGCGUGGGAGACGAGGAACCGGGGUUAGACGAAGGAGAGGCCGCUAUUGAAGACCCGGAGCUGGAGGCGAUCAAAGCCCGUGUGAGAGAGAUGGAGGAAGAGGCGGAGAAGCUGAAGGAGCUACAGAACGAGGUGGAGAAACAGAUGAACCUAAGUCCACCGCCAGUAGGCCCCGUCAUUAUGUCCAUUGAAGAAAAGAUCGAAGCAGACGGCAGAUCGAUUUAUGUCGGGAAUGUGGAUUAUGGAGCUACAGCAGAGGAGCUCGAGGCGCACUUCCACGGCUGCGGUUCAGUCAACAGAGUAACGAUUUUAUGUGACAAAUAUACAGGGCAUCCCAAAGGUUUUGCAUAUAUCGAAUUUGCAGACAAAGAAUCUGUUAGGACGGCCAUGGCAUUGGACGAGUCUCUAUUCAGAGGAAGGCAGAUAAAGGUGGGUGCAAAGCGGACGAACAGGCCGGGGAUCAGCACCACAGACCGCGGUUUCCCCAGGGCUCGGUUCAGGUCGCGAGGAGGAAGCUUCUCAUCACGUGCUCGAUACUACAGCGGAUACACGCCCCCUAGAGGCAGAGGACGGGCCUUCAGGUUUCAGGACCAGUGGAGGCUGACGACCCCUCCCCAGGUGGCACAGGCGCCCCCCGCUGUCUCGGCGGCGUCUCUCUCACUCUCUGCUCCCGCUAUGCACACUCACCCCAUCCUGUCCGUGUGGGGGGGCGGGGGAGGGGGGCAGGGCGACCACCGGCCAGCCGCGGGGGGGAUUUACUACAAUAACAAGCGCUGAUAACCCAACUUUUUUUUUGUUUUUUUUCUUAAUUUUUAGAUUUUUUUCCCCCUUAUUUCCACACACAUCAAUGGCAGGCAUAUACACUCAAAACACAAAACACAGGCACAUGAGGAAAGUGGAGCGAAGAGCAGGCCAGGGGACAGCAGGAACAGAGACCAGGGAGGUUUUUGAGGUGUACAGUGCGGACCUUAUAGCGCCCCCUAUCUCUGACUUGGCACAGUGUAGUCACGGCUGCUCUGGGGAGGGCAUCAGAGCCAGUGGCGUGGAUUAAUUUAACUAAAAAAAAUAAAAUAAAAGAGUGGGCCGGAGCUGUUAUUUUAGGGAGGGGAAAGUCAGGGGCUGGGUUUGUGUGGAGAAUUUUUGUUUUUAUUGGAAAAAAAAAAAAAAGGGAGUGGGUUUGAAAAAAUGUUUUGCAUUUUUAUUUUUAUCCCAUGAGUCUGUAAUUAGAAAAAAAAUAAAGACAUUGUGUAAAAAU